UUUUCUCUUUGCUCUUAUUCUGAUUUUUCUAAUUACCUAAAAAUUCCCCCAUGAUUUCUUUUCCCCUCUUCCCAUCCAUCUUUCUCCUUUUCUUGGAACAAUUUAUAUUCUUAUUAUAGAAGAAGUUGUUCCUUCAUCCCUCCCAAUAGUCAGCUUCUUCUAUAGAGCUGAAGCCCCGCGGAUCACGAUGCGCCAGGGCACGCGGCCAUUUUUAGGAGCAGCAGCACAAGAUUUCGCAGCGUCUGCCAGCCCCGUUGCACGUCGUUCAGUCGUGCGCCCACGUGGUGGUAUCGUUGGGCGGAGAUGCUAGUUUCAUCGCCCUCGCCCUCCGCCCUUCGCCCUUCACCCUCCUCUCCUCCCACUCGCCCUCAUCCUUCCCUUUCUUCUCCUCCCCUCUCUCGUCACUCGUCGACGACCAUUUUGCAGAACCAGCAUUAUGAGCCUGCCGGUAACCCGACAGUCGCGCCCGGUAGUCACUUCACUCCUCGUUCUUCCCGUCUGGCCAUCGAAGAGCUUCGUUCGGCUCUAAACCGGCACACCGUUGCCACCUCCCCUCCGGGGCCCUCAGGGGAUCUCCCUCGCGGUCGCAUGUCCGCUGGGCUGACCACCCUUGGGGGCGGAGCCAGCACUGCCGCGCCUACCGCUGAAAGCGCCGCCGCAGCCGCAGCCGCCAUCAAUACAAACACAGGCCCUUCAGGUGUCCCUGGUUAUACUAAUAACAACGGUUCUGCUGUUGUACCUCCAGCUCAGGCCUCAGCCCCCACCCCCGCUCCGCAACCUCCCGUGGCCGCUCCAAUGCCCGCGCCAAAUAGCAACAGCGCAGGGUCCAAUAAGCGUAAUAGCCCCAACGAUCCUGUUGCGAAUGGCGGACAUGCAAGUGGAAUCGGGAGCACGGAUCUGGAGGGGUCACAGUCGAAACGGCCGCGUCCCUCAGAUCCCGCUGUCAAGUUGUUACCGGCUCAAUAUGAACUCGCCGAUCCCCGGGAUAUUGUCGUUCUCAUCUCCAGCAUGUUAAUGGAGCUGAUUCGCUUCAACGACAAAAUCCCGCUCCACCAAGGCCGACUGACUCGCUUUCACUCCCGAUCUCCUCCGCGAAUUUCCGUCCACGACUACCUUCAGCGGCUGACCACUCACGCCACUCUUUCACCUCCUAUCUUGCUGAGCAUGGUAUAUUAUAUCGACCGUCUCUGUGCCCUAUACCCAGCCUUUACCGUCUCGAGCCUCACCAUUCACCGGUUCCUUAUUGCUAGCGCAACAGUUGCGAGCAAGGGGCUAAGCGAUAGUUUUUGGACGAACAAAACAUAUGCUCGGGUGGGAGGUAUCAGUAUGACCGAGUUGGCGCUCCUUGAAUUAGAGUUCCUAUUCCGUGUAGAGUGGCGCAUUGUCCCACAGCCGGAAGUGCUUGAGGACUACUACCAGAGUCUAGUUGAACGAUGUGGAGGGUAUGAAAUUCUACGCGAGACCUGAAACUGAGGUUUAGAUUGAAGCAGAUGCAUUUUAUGUAUGAUUGGGGCCUCUAGAAGGGACUUGCAAUACUUUGAAUUCCGUGCAACGGUUUUGGUGAAGGAUUAAAAUUCUAUGAAGGGGAUCGGAAUUGAUCCCCGUUGUCUUAGUACAUAUUACAUAAAGAAAGGUACAGGCAAAGGUGACGCUGCUGAUACAUAAACCCAAGUGCAGUGGAUGGUUGAUUCCGGGGGUUAUUUUUCGGUUCCCUUGAUCCUUGUGGAAUUUUGUCUUUUCUUUUUAAUCAUGUCUUCAAGCCGUAUCUCAUGCUAUCUUGGUGUUAUUGUUGACAAGCGUCAAGGAAGUGCGUACAUUAGUAGCUAGGCACACCUGCAUCAAUUCAUUCAAAAAACCUUACUAGUCACAUAGAGUUUAUCCACUCAUGUUCACAUUCCAUGACGUUUCCUGCUGCCUCGGGUGUCCACCAGCUAGUCCCUAAAGGGCCAAGGUAGGGCUUAGGUCACAGGGUACAGGGUUGCUGCGAUCCAUGGGAACAUGUCGAUCUUGACUUCUCUAUCAAUUCUU